GCCCCUGGGCUGCUGGAGGGGGUCUCCGAUGGCUCCCCCAUCAGUGCUGCAGCCUCACCAACCAUCAUGGGGUUGUGUGCAGAUGUCCUGUCACCCGGAGCUGAACCAGUAUAUCCAGGACACGUUGCACUGCGUCAAGCCGCUUCUGGAGAAGAAUGACGUGGAGAAAGUGGUGGUCGUCAUCUUGGACAAAGAGCACCGCCCAGUGGAGAAAUUCGUCUUUGAAAUCACCCAGCCUCCGCUGCUGUCCAUCAGCUCAGACUCCCUGCUGUCUCACGUGGAGCAGCUGCUCCGAGCCUUCAUCCUGAAGAUCAGUGUAUGUGAUGCUGUCCUGGACCACAACCCCCCAGGCUGUACCUUCACAGUCUUAGUGCACACGAGAGAAGCCGCCACUCGCAACAUGGAGAAGAUCCAGGUCAUCAAGGACUUCCCCUGGAUCCUGGCAGACGAGCAGGACGUCCACAUGCACGACCCCCGGCUGAUACCCCUGAAAACCAUGACAUCAGACAUCUUAAAGAUGCAGCUCUACGUGGAAGAGCGAGCUCAUAAAAGCAGCUGAGGGUGUGCCCGCCCACCGUGGAUGCCACAACUGUCGGACUUCGGGGGCCCAGCCUAGCGCAGUGCUGCAGGGUCACUGAUUCCAAGUGCUCUUAUUGCCUCUAUGUAUGGACCACCCACCCUCCAGCCGGGAGGAAUCCUCCCCAGGAGGGCAGGGAAGGGUGCUGGGACCUCAAUUUCUCAGCCUCCCGGGACUCGGCUGGCCAACGCUGCCUCAAAUACUGUGCUGUGAGUUGUUUCAAUAAAGAGCCCCCAGGGCUGA